AUGUUCGUGUUACCUCCUCCUCCUCCGCGGUACCCAGGUACUGCUGGUGCUGGCCCAUGGGGUACAGGAAUUCCUGGAUCUAUGCCGGUGAUCGAGACAAACAACACCAUUUUGUAUCCAAAAGGCCCAGAGCACCGAUUUUCUGUUGGUGAAGGGACAUACGUAUUGAAGGAAGAUAUAUUCCUUGCGACACCCCCUCCUCAUCCUUCUGAAGCUCCCGUCACCAAUCUGAACCCUUUGAGUACUGCGCCGCAACCUACAGUAGCUGGUACAAAGCUCUCACUUGUGUCUCUUAGAUAUCGCAGCUCACCGCAUCCCUACCGCAGCCAAACAUUUUCUACUGGCAAAGAAAAUCAAGAGAGCGAUUCAAGAACAUCUGCCGAAACUGAUGAUCAAAGUUCUCUUGGGAAGGCGGCUUCGGGGAGUAGUGUAUCUAAGAAUGGGGACACUGUGAUACCAAUGCACCCCGAGAAAUUUGGAGGAGGAAAUUCAUCCUUAUCGGCGGCUACUGGGAAAGAUGCAGCAAAGAGAAAGAAGCCGAAAAACAACAUCGCAAAAAACAACUCAUCUUUCGUCUCGAGAAUCAUUCCACACGAAAACCUAGCCAAGAGGCUUGCAGAGAGGAAUGAUGAAGAUCUAUUCGUUUUCGCAAAUAUCAAUAGGGCUUUCAACUGGUUAGAUAUGGAUUCUACGAAUAAGCAAGAACCCUUGUCAAAGAUACUUUUCACCAAGGCACAUCCAAUUUGCCAUGAUGUCAACCAGCUCACCAGGAGUUCCAGUCAUUUAGACGUGAUUAUUGGUUUCUCUACUGGGGAUAUAAUUUGGUUUGAUCCAAUGUCAAACAAAUACGCGAGGCUGAACAAAAAUGGGAUGAUAAAUUCACAUGCCGUUACUGAUAUAAAAUGGCUGCCGGGGUCAGAAAAUCUAUUUUUGGCCGCACAUCAAGAUGGUUCUUUGAUAGUUUACGAUAAAGAGAAAGAGGAUGCGUUAUUUGUGCCCGAAGACGUGCCAGACACGCUCGGAGUGGCAGAAGAUGCUGCGCCAGCUAGUGGAACUGCGAACCUUAUGAAGUACUUUGCAGUAAAAAAGUCCGUCAAAUCAAAAAACCAGCGGACCAAUCCUGUAUCAUAUUGUGGUUUCAGAAGAUCAAUGUUUACGAGUCAUCAACUUCGUAAAAGAAAAGUUAUUGGACGUGUACAGCAGUUACUAUGGUGGCUUGAUGACGACCUAGUUUCUAUCUGGUCCUUCAACGAGCGCCGCAUUGUUGCACGCUGUGAAGGACACCACUCCUGGGUUUCUAGUGUCGCAUUUGACCCCUGGCGGUGCGAUGACCGUACAUAUAGGUUUGGAAGUGUUGGCAACGAUUGUAGGUUGCUACUGUGGGAUUUCAGCGUUGCAAUGCUUCACAAGCCAAAAGCGGCAGCUGCUCAGCAACACCGAGGAAGCAUGUCGUCGCAUAAUCAUCAGUAUCCCACUGGCAGGAUGCAGGCAGAAAGCUUAUCAGGCAGUAGAUUGAGAUCAGAUUCGAAUAUCGCUGCCUCAGUUCACGUUCAUGAUGAAAAUGGUGACGGAAUCGCAGUGCAUGGUGUCCAAGAGCGUGCACGGACUGCCGUUUUGCCGCCGAUCAUGUCAAAAGUGAUCGAUCCGGAACAUCUCACCCAAGUUAUUUUCCGGGAAGACUCAAUCAUAACAACAUGCGUAGACGGCCACUUGAAGACUUGGAAUAGACCACACAUCAAUCAGGAUAGCAACGGCAGCGAGGUGACUCUUUCCGCCGCCGGGAGUUGA